AUGCAUGAAAAAAAAAAAAACACACGUGGGUAGAAUACCCACAGAUCUGUUUUAAAAUACCCUCUUGUAGUUUCCUCUAUUCUUAUUCGGUGUUUAAGACGCACAUGUUAUAAUUCACAGUAAGACUGAUUAAGACAUUGACUUGUAGGAUGGAGUAUUUGCCGGACUCUAAUGCCAGAUAUAAGGAUGUGGAUUACUGGAAUGAACGGUACCGGACGGAGGACAGCUUCGAGUGGUUCGGGGACUUCACUAAAUUUGACCAUCUGCUCAAACAGCACGUGGGAACGGAAGAAAACAUUUUAAUGCUAGGUUGUGGCAACAGUGCUCUGAGCUAUGAUAUGUACCAGGCCGGCUACACCACCAUCACUAAUGUGGAUUACUCCAGUGUUUGUGUGGAGAGCAUGGCGGAGAGACACAAGGACUGCGCUCAGCUCAGCUGGCUGUGCAUGGACGCCCGGCGACUAGCCUUCCCCGAUGGUGUGUUUGAUGUGGUUUUGGAGAAGGGAACUCUGGAUGCUAUGCUGGUGGAGGAGAGCGACCCGUGGAAGGUCUCGGAGAACGCAGCCCAACUGCUGCACCAGGUUCUCUUGGAGGUCAGUCGUGUUUUGAAACCCGGUGGCCGUUUCAUCUCUGUCACGUUUGCGCAGCCACAUUUUCGUAAGAGACUCUACGCUCGAGCGGAGUAUGACUGGUCUAUCAAGCACUAUCACUAUGGCAGCAGCUUCCACUACUUCCUCUAUGUUCUCACCAAAGGGGAGGAGCUUAGCUCAGAGGAUGCUGCAUUGGAGAGGAGACUGCUUGAGGAAGCUGAGGCUCCACCCACCAAUAUAAGAUUUCAAGAAGCGGAUUCUGAGGACUUCCUGAAUAACAUUGGAUUAUAGGGACUUGUACAACAUCUAUCAAUCAAGAGAGUUGUACAGCAUUCUUAUACAUUUUUUAGGCUCCUAUCCUAGUUCACCCAAAAAUUACACUUCCUCUCCUUCACGUUGUUCUAAAUUCAUUAGAUUUUUUUUU